CAUCAGUCAUCAUUUUUUCUACAUCUGUUGAUUUGUUGCCACGAUUUUGCUGUGGUUUGGCAUACACGCAGAUACUGAGCUGGAUGUUUUGUUCGAAGUCUGUCACUGGAAACCAUAUGGCAGAGUUCUGUAGAGUUCUGAAAGCCCUUCAGGCUGGGUGCAUCUGUUUGAUGCUCACCGGCACAGGGCAGGAGCGCUCAGAGCCUUCGGCGGCUACAGAGAGAGCGGGGCUGUCAGAGCCACAGUGAGUGUUGUUCCACCUUGGCUGGUUCCAGCACCCGUUGUUCAAGAGCCCGAUCCACCCACUGAGUGGAGACCUCUCAGCAAGAUCAGUGUGUGUGUGGGAGCGGGAGCAGCCGAGGCAGAGCGGGAUGGCGGAGCUGCGGGCCUGGGCAGGAUCGAGUGAGUUCCGCAGGGCCCCAAUCCGCACUGCAUCCCGCAGGGCCCCCACCAGCAGUGCCAUGCCCGUCAGGGUGAGCCAGAGGUGCCAGGAGCAGCAGCAGAUGUGAGAAGAGCCGAAUCACACUCUUCAUGCCCUGCCCCUGAGGACAAGAGAACAAAGCUCAUGAAGCCUGCAGAGAGGAAAGAGAAUCCUUGCAGUGCUGUUUAUCGGCGACCCUACAGGGACAGGGUGAUUCAUUUACUUGCUCUGAGGGCUUACAAGAAGCCAGAGUUGCUCGCUCGCUUGCAGAGAGAUGGAGUCAUGCAAAAGGACAAGGGCAGCCUUGCAAAGAUCCUUCAGCAGGUAGCCAAGUGGAAUGCAAAGGAUAAUUCCUUCAGUCUGAAGGAACAUCUAUUUCAAACCCUUCAGACUGAUUGGCCUGGCUACACUGAAAUAGACAGACAGAAGUUGAAGUUAAUACUUUCUGGAAAAUCAGCUCCAUCUCAGAACACCGCCAACACCAGCCAAGCGACAUCUCUGGGACCUUCAGAGAGAGAUGCUGCAGUAAGACCUGCUCAGAAACGGCCUCUGACUUCUGACUUUACCAGUCCUGUGAUGAGCAAGAAGAGGAGAAUUGGCCACCAGCCCAGUCAUGUCCAGCCAGCAGCUGGUGGCCACUUUUCUUCCUUCCUUCUGCCUUCCACAUUUCUGUUCUCUUUGGACAUGUCUCCAAGGUAGCCCCAGCUACUCUGAAAUGAAGAGCAGGUGCCUGUACCUCCACAAAAAGCUGGCCCAUAUUCAGAGCCGCAUUUCUGAAUAUGACCAGCAGUGAGUGGAGUCCUGGCACCAGACAUCUGCUUCAGCCUCGUGACAUCUGCGGACCCUGGAUUUUUUAUUUCAACUAGAAGAUUAGGUUUUUAGGAAUAUUUAAGUUAGUAUUGAACAGUAGGUUAUGUUAGCACUGAGCCGUAGAUUAUUUCUUAAAAGUGUAGGAUUAGUUCAAAGAAGUUUGGUAAGUUUUAAAAGUUGAAAGAUGAUAGUUUUUAAUGAUAGAACAUUAACAAUAAAGAAAUCACACUAUUUGUAAUUCUUUCUCUCAUUGUUGCUUGUAUCACUUUUGGAGUGGAUUUCUUCUGGUCAUUUCUGUUCUUCAAGUCUUAAGUUUGUCCACUGAAAUAAAUUUAUCAGUAGAGGGUGGAAGCCCAUUACAUGUACUCUGAAGCUGUGCUCCUUUUAAGAAUAGAUUUUGGCCAAUGGAAAUUCUUUAUAAGUUUUGUGGUGAUUUUUGAUCUUUCUUGUUAAUGCGAAACUGGUAAAAGACAUUGAAGUUUGGACAACCCUGUCCGCAAAUCACUUUGGUUUGCAGAGUUACAGAGGAGGGCACAUGGGCUGCUCUCAUCUGUCAUCUGAAGCAGCUCUCAGAACAGAUUUUAAAUAAUGGCCUCCCUUUGUCAGUGAGCCAAGCAAUAUCCAGAUCUCUGCAAGAGUUUUGUAAAACACAUGGAAUAGUGUUGGAGGGAGGUAUUUCAAUGGGUUUUAAAGAGAAAUUGGGUUCAAGUGUCCCUAUGGAAAUGCUGUCCAUUUCUUUGCAUAUUUAAACCAGUCUGUCUCAACCAGCCUUUCUAAAGAGACACAGAUGUUGAUUCCUGCACAGAUCUCUGGGAACUUGGAAUAAAGUCCUUUUCCUAAGUUUUCUGCCAUUUGUUUAUUUAGCUGAAAUGGUAGAUCUGUUACCAGAAAAGACUUAACCUUCCUUUGGGGAAGAAUAUGAAAUUGUCUGAGGCAGGAAAAUGUUUGGGAACAAUCACCGGGGCCUUUGAAUGCCCCUUUCUUCCUUAGAGAGGAUUCUACAAAUUCUCAAUUGUCUCCAUGCAAUGAUGUUAAUUCCCUACGUGAGAGAUUUUCGAGUGUUUUCUGAUUGAACACCUGAGCCAUU